AUGGCAAACUCACUCCAUCUUCAAGCCAAAUCCAUGGCCAGAUUUAUAGUCAACUUGACUGACCCGGUGUUCCAUGGUAAAUACCACGGGAAAACCAAGCAUGACGAUGAUUUCAAAUUGGUGCUCGAGAGAUCUCGCAUCGCCGGAGUCAAGAGCAUGAUCAUCACCGGAGGUAGUCUCCGUGAAUCUCAACAUGCCUUGAAACUGGCCAAAGAGCAUAGCUUUUAUGCUACUGUGGGCUGCCAUCCCACUCGUUCUGCUGAAUUCGACAAAUUCAAGGGUGGCCCUGAAGCAUAUCUAAAUGCUUUAGAUGAGAUCCUGAGAGAUAAUUCAAGGGGAAACGGUCGAGCCGUUGCUGUGGGUGAAUGUGGACUAGACUACGACAGAACACAUUUUGCUGCUCCGGAAGUGCAGAAAAAGCAUUUCCGAUCCCAACUGUCUCUUGCCAAGAAAUACCAUCUACCACUUUUCCUUCAUUCCCGUGCUGCACAUAAAGACUUUGUGAGUAUACUCCGUGAAGAAGGCUUUGGUGUGAAUGGCGGGAAAGAAGUAGGGGGUAAUGGUGGCGUAGUUCACAGUUUCACAGGUCAGCUCGAUGAGCUUGCCGAAUUGAUGAGUAUGGGUUUCCACGUUAGUGUGAAUGGUUGUUCGUUGAAGACGGUGGACAAUCUAACCUGUGCUCAGGCGAUCCAUCUUGAUCUAUUGAUGCUUGAAACAGACGCUCCUUGGUGUUCCAUGACUGGUGCCCAUGCCUCGAAGACCCAUCUAAAUGCUCUUCCUACCCUUCUAAACGAUCUGUACUUUCCAGCAUCGAUUAAACCAGAGAAAUUUGUCCUUGGGAAAGCAGUCAAAGGACGCAAUGAGCCUUGCUCGAUUGGUGGGGUCGCAUGGGUAAUUCAACAGCUCCACCCAGAAGUCACAUAUGAGGAGCUGGCAGAGAAGGCGUGGAAGAAUACUGUAACCGUAUUCGGGUUAGACGAGCUGUCAUAG